AUUUAUACGAGAAACUAGGGCUUUAGAUUUUGUUUCUUUACUUUGUUCUUGUUAGGUGGUUUUGGUGCGUGUGUGUUUGAUGGCGAAUCCUCCCUCGACAAACGACAACUUGACGACGCCGUCGGGGAGCUCAUCGUUGAUAAGUCUCUCGGGAAUCGCCAUGAAUUGGACCUCUGAAGAAGACGAAUCUCUGGUUCGACUCCUUGAUAGUUAUUCGUCGGAAUCGUGUAGUUCUGUUACACGUUAUUCGAAAAUCGCGGCAACGUUUCAUGACAAGACCAUCAGGGACGUUGCUAUACGUAGCAGAUGGAUAUACAAUAAAGAAAACGCCAAGAGAAGAAAAGAAGAUCACAAUGGAUUGGGAAGAGCCAGCGUUGACAAUAAGGAGAUUAUUGAUAUGGUGGUGGCUUCACAAGUGUUACAACCAUCACAAGUGUUUCAACCAUCUCAACAUGGUGUUGACAACGAGCUUCUGAAACAGAAUGAGCAAUGCUUCAAUCAGAUUUGUGCAAAUUACACAUCCUUAAGCCCCACAGAAAACUUGGACCUUUUCAGCAAAAUUCGGGAGAACAUCAAUAGCCUUAUCCAAAAUUCGAAUGAGAAUGUGUCGGAGUCAUGGAAGCAGAUGCCACCAUUGCCGGAGAAGUUGAACGAUGCGUUAUUUUAUGCUCUAUAUACUGCAGUUUCUCCUUCAUCAAAUCUACCAUAAAUGACUUUUUUUUUUCUUCAAAAUUGAUUCUUUCAGUUUUUAGGUUUACUUUAUUUAUAUCUCAGUAGAAAAGCAUUAGCUUAGAAAACAAGUUUUAGACUUUUGUAAUCUGUUGAUUUAAUAUUACUUUUUU